AUGGGGGAUCAGAAGAGUAAUCAAAAGUACACAGUUCCGGGUCUGUCUUUUAAGCAGUAUAAAUCGCCAUUUGGAAAUAAUAGGCGUCAAACAAAUUCUAGAGUAUCUAAACGACAAGAAGGCGUUGCUGGGUCUAUAAGGAAUGGUAUGGCGCUAAGUAGGAGGAAUUACAGUGAUAUUAUGGCUGACACGUCAAAUACGUUAAAUUGGGCCCAAUCAUUGGCUGCCAGAGGGCGUCAACUUCUGAAUAAAAUUAAGCAAGAUGACAUAAAAUUCAAGCAGUAUAUUGCAGCGCAACUUGAAAAGGAUAGUGCAGUUGAGCGUUACGCUGAUACUUCGAUAUAUGGUAGUUCUGCGCUACCUGAAAACUCACUUCAUGUUGUCGAUGGGCAGUCUGAAGGCUUUGCAGGAGGGGAAGGGGAAUCAGGACUUCAGUAUGGUACGGAUACUUCAUUUAAAAACUAUGAAGAGAGCAUAGAAAAUAGUUUUGCACACUUUGGUAAUGAUACCAUUGAAGAAAGGAAUGGUAAUAGAGGUAGGAAUGUUCCGCGUGAUAGUUAUGCGGACGAAGUAGUAAUUUUAGAUAGCGAUUCUGAACAAGAAACGUUGCCUAAGCCUAAUUCAUUUGGUUACUUGGGCUUCAAACUAGAAGAAGAGCAAGAGGAAGAGGAAGAGGAAGAGGAGGAGGAAGAGGAGGAAGAAGAAAAGGAAGGUGAAGGGGAAGUGGAAGAUGAAGCGGAAUAUAAAAGGGAAAAGGAAGAUGAGUAUCAGCAACAGGAGCAGGACCAAGAACAACAAGUAGAGGAGGAGCAAGGGGAUCAAGAUGAAGAUGAAGAGCAAGAAUACAAAUAUGAUCACAGGAAUGACGUAAGGCAACGACUGGAAACACAAGUUAGCAGUGCGCUUUUGGAUAAUGGGCAUGAUUCUAAGUCGAGUACACAUUACGAAGAUACUGAAUAUUAUGCGAAUGAAAACAGUGAAAGAACCCACCUUAGCUGCGAAGAAGAAAAUCAAAAUGAAAUAUUACAGUUUAAUACUCAAAAUCAAGAAUGGAGUGAAGAGGCAAAUAACGUGAAAGCUUCAUCUAUAGAGGAGAUCAUUUCAUCUUCAGCUGAAACAUAUACAGGCGAGGAAGCUGGUUAUGACGACGCAUUGGAACAUGAUCAGGGAGAAGUUGCAGGUACAUCUGCCCAGGGAAUUGCUAGUUGUGCUUUGGAACCUCAUUUGGCUGUUGGAGAUGGCAGCUCUGUUAAUGAAGAUAAAUCGCAAGUAGAAAGCGGUUAUGAAGCUAUUGAUGCUGAAGUUCAUUCUUUUGAAGAUUUGGAUGAUGAUAAAGAAGUCAAUUUGAAUGCAGCAGAAGUCGAAUCAAAGAGAUCGGAAAAUGAUAAUGAUGCAUCACAUCAGGGUAAAGAGGACGAAACUUAUCUGAAUGAUUAUGAAAACCAAGGGAUCGAUACAAUGGACUAUGAAUCUGACGAUUCAAUACAAGUUACUGAAAUUAAUGAUAGACAUUCAGUGGAUGGUACUGAGAACCCCUCUAAAGAUGUAGAUAUGUCAUCUUUUGUUCACGACGAGGAAGUAGACCUAAAGGUUAAAACCAUAGAUGAUUUAUCACCUGUGCAUUCUAACAAGGCAGGAUUACAAAGUGGUCUAGAAUCUGCGGAAAGUGAUUCUUUAUAUUACUCCUAUGAUGAGGUAAGCCCUAAAAGCAACACUGCAGGACGGCAUAGUCCUAUUGGGAAAGGGAAUGAGCCGUCGAAAUAUCAUCUCAUAUACACUGGUUCUGCCUAUAGUGCAGAUUUAAAUGAAACAAUAGUUGAUGAGAAUCCUUCUCCUCCAGGGCAUUACUCACCAGCAUUUCAAGCAGAUCCUUUCAGUGACGAUAAUGGUUCUCAAGGUUCUGUGGUGUUGGAAGAUCUUCUGGAAAAACUUGGAUGUUCCCCAUCUCGUCAGCCUGGCAAGCUUGAUAAUGGCGACGAACGUAUAAAUGUUAAGCAUAUUGUGCUAAAUGAAACAGUACAUGAAGAGGUUGAAUCACCGGAUGGAAAUAUGAGUGAGCACGUCACUAGUACUCAUGGUGCAUCCGUAAGUAAGUCAUUCGAUGGCCAAAAGCAUGAGGAUGUUUCUGAUGUCAAAGAGCAUUCCACAGAAGUUUCAUUGCACUCUUUCAACCAUAUCACUGAGACUAGCCGUUUUGAAGACGAGACUCCGGCAGAGCUAAAUGAAGUGCCUCGCUCAUUUACAAAUGAAUCAAUCCCAACUCUCACUGCGAAUACCCAAGACAGUGAGGAGAGUACCAUCCCUAAUGAAGAAACCGCCCUAGAGAGUGUGCCGAUUGAAGAGUUAACUGAUCGCAGUACGCCAACAUCAGCAGAAGUAAUAAUAGCUGCACCAAAUAGUUCGAUAAGAGAAAACUCUCAUUUAACAGAACUCGAAUCAAGUGAGUCUAAUACUGCCUUUGGAACGCCACCGCCAUCAACAGAAGAGAACAGAACACCUCAACUCCAAGUAAUAAACGUUGGUGAAGAAGAAUCAUCGAACUUGGAGUUCGAUGAUCAGAGUAAUAUCAACAAUCUAUACAAAGCUAACGAAGACGAAAGAGCUAGAAUUCAAGACGAAGCAACGGAAACUUAUAAUACGGAAGAGAUGCAAUCGGUAGGUGUUAAACAAGCUGAGGAAGUUAUUGAAGAAUAUAGAGAAUUAUCAAAUAGACUCAUUAGCUCGGGUGUUUUGGAAACAGAUGAAUCGCGUGAGUCGCGUGAAGUGGUGAUCUCCUCCGCCCGUUUAUCAGAAGGAAAGUCAUUUACCGAUGAUACAUCAAUUUACGAAGCUCAAGAAAGUCCACAAAUAUCGAUACAUUAUUCGGAUUCACACCAAGAUCCUGCUGAUGGAGGUAAUUAUGAUGUGCAAAGCGCGGAUGCAUCUGAGAAUGACGAAACUGUUAAGGAGCUAGAAGGAAAUAAUUCACGCUCUGAUACUGCAAGUAUGGAUCGCGAUUCUGCUUCAGAAAAUGCGGUUGAGAAUCGGAGGGAUGUUGAUGAUAUUAAGGUAGAAAUCCGCACACAAGAACCUUUCCAUCAAGCUGACCAAAGUAACGAUAAUGUAUCUCCUUUCAAGAAAAUAAUAUCGCAUGUGAAAGACUUAACAAAACUAGCCAAGGAGUUUGUGCAACCGCUUGGUGUGGACGCAAGUACAAUUGCAGAAGGGAUGGAGGAUAACAGCAGCAGUUUGGAUAACUCUGAAUCAGCAUCUUCCUCAGUUUCAGAGGUGGAAGAACGCGACAGUUCUACAUCAUCUAGGGAUUCUGAUGAUAACAGCUCAUCAUCCAAAAAAUCGUCAUCAGAAGAAGUGACUCCACUAGAGCCUAGUGGUGCUGAUGCAGAAGUUCAAGUUCACAGCAUGCCUGAGAACCUUAAUGAUUCUAUAGGGCGCACUAAGAUUAUAGAAGAUGUUUCCACUUUUGAAAAAAUUGCCCAAGAGAUUGAAAACUCCUCUGAACUUUCCCGGGGAUCACAAAGUCCUACAUUCUCUGAAUCCAUAUCUGUGUCUGCAGCUGACCGUGUUGAUAAUUCAAUCGAGCUUCAUUUAGAACAAAGCGACAUACUGACUAAAUCAGAUGAUAUUGACGAAGCCGCUCCCGAAGAACAAUAUAUUACAAAGCCACCGCAGCAAGAAACGCGUUCUGCUCCAAGCACUGCUGCUUCGGCUGCGUCUUUCAGUAAUGAUACCUAUGAAAUCAUAGAAGAAAAUUCAAAAGAUAGUCAUUCUGAAUCGCGCCCCAAAAGCAAACCAUCUUCUAGGGAUAAAAAGAGAGGUACACGUCGCAGAAGAAAGGCCAUUACAGAUGAUUCAAUUGUACAUGUAGGUAAGCGCAGAAAGAUACAUGCUAUACCUACUGAUCGCCAAACUUCUAGACCAAUUUCACGAGAAGGUAGAAAAAAUAGGUCUAUUGUACAAGAUCCACAAAAGAAAACGCGUAAGCCUGGAUCCAAGAGUAAAUAA